AUGAUGAAGGGUCGUCAUCAUUUUCGACGUCGAUUCAGUCUACAGCCGUCAUCGUUGAAGGAAGGACAGGAAGAUGGAACGACGAAGAACGUUAGAAGCGAAAGACUAUCGGAAUCGGACAGCGGCGGUGGCGGCGAUGGAGGAAAAUCGGUCGAAAGUUCUGUAAGACACAAAAUCGUUGUGAUGGGUGCUGCAAAGGUCGGCAAAUCGGCAAUAAUCAACCAAUUUCUUUAUGGUACUUUCACACCAAAAUACAAGCGCACGGUUGAGGAAAUGCAUCACGGGGAUUUUAACGUUUCCGGUAUUCACCUUACUCUUGACAUCUUGGACACGUCCGGCUCGUACGAGUUUCCAGCAAUGAGAGAUCUUUCCAUCAAAUCUGCCGACGCGUUUGUCUUAGUCUACGAUGUAAACGAUGUCAAUACCUUUCACGAAGUGAAAACGUUGAGGGCAUUGAUAUUGAAUACGAAAGGAGUAGUACCUAUCGUUGUUGUAGGUAACAAAUUGGAUCUCGUCGAGAAGGAACAAGAGGUAGAGAGCGAGAGUACCAGAGAAUUAGUCACCGCCAAGUGGGAAAACGGUUUCGUUCAAGUAUCUGCAAAAGAUAAUUUGAAUAUCUCUCAAGUUUUUAAAGAAUUGUUAUUACAGGCAAAGCUAAAAUAUAAUCUGAGUCCUGCAUUACGACGACGACGCCGUCAAUCCUUACCACCGCCUCCGCAUUUGAAUUCUCGCAGUAGCAGCGCGCACGUACCAUCACCGGCGCAGCUGCAACACUUGCAACAAAUACGCGAGCGCGCUGAAUCAAAGAGAAAUUCUUGUAUUCUAUCGUAA